AUGUUCUCGCUCUACUUCCUCACGAUCCUCCCGGCCGUGCUCGCCACCCCCAUCGCCCGGCAGGCGACCACGAUGCCCGCCCCCGUCUACGUUCACCCCACGGGCAACACCAACUUCUGUCUCGGUGCCACUGGUGACGCCAAUGGCGCUGCCACGACCAUCGUCGACUGCACGACCAAGACGGACAGCACCCCGUCGUGGAUCCUCGACAACGACAAGAAGUUGUUCCAGCUGAACGGCACUCAGGUGUGCCUCGACGCCGGCACGAACAUCGGCGAUGGCGUACCCCUCAAGGUCUGGCAGUGCUACGACAACCUGCCUCAGCAGCAGUGGACGUACAACACUGGCGACCAGCACUUCUCCGUCGGCCCCGGUGCCGAGUGUCUGGACCUGACUAACGGUGCCUUCACCAACGGCGCCGGCACGCAGACCUGGUCGUGCAUCUCCUACAACACGAACCAGAAGUGGACGACGUCCCCGACCGACAGCGGCAAUGGUGGCGGAACCACCCCGCCCCCGCCCUCCGGGAAUAGCCAGGUGCUUCACCCUAACGGUAACACGGGCAAGUGUCUCGACGUUCAGGGCAAUGUCCAGGCGAACGGCACCCCUGUUGAGAUCUACGACUGCAACGGCACCGGCGCGCAGCAGUGGGUCCUGUCUCGCGGUCACACUUCCGUCCGUCUCGCUGGCACCAACUACUGCCUCGACGCUGGCACCAACAUUGGCAACGGCGUUGGCAUGAAGAUCUGGCAGUGCUACGACGGACUCGCCCAGCAGACCUGGUACUACACCGACGACAACCGUAUUGCUGUCGAGAACAAGGGCCAGUGCCUUGACCUUACCGGCGCUAGGACGAACAACGGCAACAUUGUUCAGACCUGGACUUGCACCGACGGCAACACCAACCAGAUCUGGUACUAA